GCCGCCGCCACAGACGCGCAGUCCGGCCACAUUUCACCAGAGGACACCGACGCACGAACCCUCCGACGGCGGAGACAGGAUCAGGUCCCGCUGCACGGGACACACCAGCGCAUUAUCCCAGCAGGACUCUGUUCCCAGGACGACACCCCACGCACACGGCGCUUAGGAUAUAAGUUAUUUACAGCAGAUCGAGAAAGAACCCGGAGACCGUGGAAGAUGGGUUCAGUCCCAGCCAUAUCUGUCCUGGUUUUGGGCAUUGUGGUUCCAGCUCUGUCCGGAUACAUUGAGGCACUAGCAGCCAAUGCAGGGACAGGGUUUGCCGUUGCAGAGCCACAGGUGGCCAUGUUCUGUGGAAAACUCAACAUGCACGUCAACAUUCAGACCGGCCGCUGGGAACCCGACCCGUCCGGAACCAAGAGCUGCGUAGGAACCAAAGAGGGCGUGCUGCAGUACUGCCAGGAGAUGUAUCCCGAGCUCCAAAUCACAAAUGUGGUGGAGGCCAACCAGCCCAUUCGCAUUGAGAACUGGUGCAAGAAGGAGAAGAAGGUGUGCAAAGGCCACGCCCAUAUUGUGGUGCCUUACAAAUGCUUAGUGGGUGAGUUUGUGAGCGACGUGCUUCUGGUUCCAGAGAAGUGCAAGUUCUUCCACAAAGAGCGUAUGGACAUGUGUGUGAGCCAUCAGCAGUGGCACGGAGUCGCCAAAGAGGCCUGUGGCAAGAGCUCCAUGGUGCUUCACAGUUACGGCAUGCUCCUACCUUGUGGCAUUGACAAGUUCCACGGCACCGAGUACGUGUGCUGCCCCACCUCCCGCGUCGGGGAGUCGGCCCCCCCAUCCCUGCCCUCCCAGGAGGACGAAGAGGAGGAGAUAGAGGAUGAGGAGAUCGACGAGGCCGACCUGGACGAGGACGAGGUGGUGGAGGACAGCGAGACCCCCGCCGACGAGCAGCCCACACAAAAGGAGGACCCGGUAUACGAGGAUGAAGACGAGGAGGACGAAGACGAGGAGGAGUACCACUACGUCUACGAGGACGAGGAGGCCGAAAAAGACAUAGAGGCUGACAAGAAGCAGAGCAAGAUGUCAGACAGCCAAGAUGACGACAAAACUCUGCAGGAAGUGAAAGCCGUGUGCACCCUGGAGGCGGAGACGGGCCCCUGUCGCGCCUCCAUGCCCCGUUGGCACUUCGACAUGAGCCAGAGGAAGUGCAUUCGCUUCAUAUACGGGGGCUGCGCCGGCAACCGCAACAAUUUCGACUCGGAGGAGUACUGCAUGGCCGUGUGCAAACGUCUGACCGUGCCCCCCACCCCUCAGCCCACCGACGACGUGGACAUCUACUUUGAGACCCCGGCCGAUGACAAGGAGCACAGUCGCUUCCAGAGGGCCAAGGAGCAGCUGGAAAUCAGGCACCGCAACCGCAUGGAGAGGGUGAGGAAGGAGUGGGAAGAAGCCGAUCGCCAGGCGAAAAACCUCCCCAAGGCAGAGAGGCAGACAUUGAUCCAGCAUUUCCAAGCCAUGGUGGAGUCCCUGGAGGAGGAAGCAGCCAGCGAGAAGCAGCAGCUGGUGGAGACUCACCUCGCCCGGGUCGAGGCCAUGCUGAAUGACCGGCGCCGUCUGGCCCUGGAGAACUACCUGGCUGCCCUGCAGGCCGAUCCCCCCAGGCCCCAUCGCAUCCUCCAGGCCCUGAGGCGAUACGUUCGUGCUGAGAACAAGGACCGCCAGCACACGAUCCGUCACUACCAGCACGUCCUGGCUGUGGAUACUGAGAAGGCGGCACAGAUGAAGUCACAGGUGAUGACCCACCUGCGUGUGAUCGAGGAGAGGAUGAACCAGAGUCUGUCUCUGCUCUACAAAGUACCAUAUGUGGCCGAGGAGAUUCAGGAUGAAAUUGAUGAACUUCUCCAGGAGCAGAAAGCGGACAUGGACCAGUUCCUGUCGUCCAUCUCUGAAUCACAGCCUGACGUCACCGUAUCGUCAGAGGAAAGCGUGGAAGUCCCUGUGUCCGAGGGAAAGCCAUACCGGCCCUUCCAGGUCACAUCCUUGGGGUCCCGUCCAGAACCAGAGGGCUCCGCCAUGUCUGGAUUAGAUGGCCUGAUAGGCGCCGAGGAGAGAAUCAUCAACAGCAAACCCAAGAUCAGCAACAACGUGGUGAUUGAUGAGUCUCUGGAUGUUAAAGAAGUGGUUUACAGUGCAGAGAGAGUCAGCGUUAUGCAUGAUGAUGAGCUGGAGACCUACCGCCCCCUGGGAGAGGACUUCAGCUUCGGCAGCAGCGCUCUGAUUGGGUUGUUGGUGAUCGCCGUAGCCAUAGCAACCGUGAUUGUGAUUAGUCUGGUACUUUUGAGGAAGAGGCAAUACGGCACCAUCAGCCAUGGCAUCGUGGAGGUAAGUCGUGGUCUGGUGUCUGUAGAUUACAGAAAAUGAACAGUGAAUGUAACUUCACUUA